UGCGGCGCGAGACCCGGUGCUAGAGGCCUGGGCAGGGAGAAGUGUGCGGGGCUGGGACCCGCCGGCUCCGAGUCCGGCUCCGGGGGGGGCUGGGCGGGAGGGGCUGGCGUGGCGGCGGGAGCCCAGCGCAGUGCUAAAGCGGGUCAAGUGUCCUCCUUUUCUCCCCGCCCCUUCUCCUCCUCCCACCUGGGCCUCUGCGUGGAGACGCGCACCUGGCAACCGGAGGCCGCGUCUCCGCCUUCUCCGCUCGCGCCUGGCGCCCCGAGCCUGCCCGGGACCUCCGCCGGAGUCGCCCUCGCUGCAGGCGGCCUCGAGCGCUCUCUCGUUGAUGCCGUUUUGGAGGUGACCGGCGCGGCGGCCGCUCUAUGGUGGGGCCGCGUUAGUGGCUGCGGCUCCGCGGGACUCCAGGGCGCGGCUGCGAGGUGGCGGGGCGCCCCGCCUGCAGAACCCCGCGCGCAGCUCGGGUUUAAGGGUGCUUGAGGAGGCCGCCACGGCAGCGCGGGAGCGGAAGAUGUUGGAGCUGAGGUACCGGGGAAGCUGCCCCAGCCCCGGGGAAGCGGUGUCGCCGCCACCCCGUGAGGGAGAGGCGGCCGGCGGCGACCACGAAACCGAGAGCACCAGCGACAAAGAAACAGAUAUUGAUGACAGAUAUGGAGAUUUGGAUUCCAGAACAGAUUCUGAUAUUCCAGAAAUUCCAGCAUCCUCAGAUAGAACCCCUGAGAUUCUCAAGAAAGCUCUAUCUGGUUUAUCUUCCAGGUGGAAAAACUGGUGGAUACGUGGAAUUCUCACUCUAACUAUGAUCUCGUUGUUUUUCCUGAUCAUCUAUAUGGGAUCCUUCAUGCUGAUGCUUCUUGUUCUGGGCAUCCAAGUGAAAUGCUUCCAUGAAAUUAUCACUAUAGGUUAUAGAGUCUAUCACUCCUAUGAUCUACCAUGGUUUAGAACACUGAGUUGGUACUUUCUAUUGUGUGUAAACUACUUUUUCUAUGGAGAGACUGUAGCUGAUUAUUUUGCUACAUUUGUUCAAAGAGAAGAACAACUUCAGUUCCUCAUUCGCUACCACAGAUUUAUAUCAUUUGCCCUCUAUCUGGCAGGUUUCUGCAUGUUUGUACUGAGUUUGGUGAAGAAACAUUAUCGUCUGCAGUUUUAUAUGUUCGCAUGGACUCAUGUCACUUUACUGAUAACUGUCACUCAGUCACACCUUGUCAUCCAAAAUCUGUUUGAAGGCAUGAUAUGGUUCCUUGUUCCAAUAUCAAGUGUUAUCUGCAAUGACAUAACUGCUUACCUUUUUGGAUUUUUUUUUGGGAGAACUCCAUUAAUUAAGUUGUCUCCUAAAAAGACGUGGGAAGGAUUCAUUGGUGGUUUCUUUUCCACAGUUGUGUUUGGAUUCAUUGCUGCCUAUGUGUUAUCCAAAUACCAGUACUUUGUCUGCCCAGUGGAAUACCGAAGUGAUGUAAACUCCUUCGUGACGGAAUGUGAGCCCUCAGAACUUUUCCAGCUUCAGACUUAUUCCCUUCCACACUUUCUAAAGGCAGUGUUGAGACAGGAAAGAGUGAGCUUGUACCCUUUCCAGAUCCACAGCAUUGCUCUGUCAACCUUUGCAUCUUUAAUUGGCCCAUUUGGAGGCUUCUUUGCCAGUGGAUUCAAAAGAGCCUUCAAAAUCAAGGAUUUUGCAAAUACCAUUCCUGGACAUGGUGGGAUAAUGGACAGAUUUGAUUGUCAGUAUUUGAUGGCAACUUUUGUACAUGUGUACAUCACAAGUUUUAUAAGGGGCCCAAAUCCCAGCAAAGUGCUACAGCAGUUGUUGGUGCUUCAACCAGAACAGCAGUUAAAUAUAUAUAAAACCCUGAAGAUUCAUCUCAUUGAGAAAGGAAUCCUACAACCUGCCUUGAAGGUAUAAUUUGAUCCAGAGAGGGAAGGACUGACAAGAAGGAAUUCUUCAGAAAAACACUGACAGAUGUUUUGUAAAUUGUACAGAAAAAUAGUUAAAAAUGCAAUAGAUUGAAGUUUUGGAGAUAUGUGUCUCUCUGAAAUUACUGUGAAUAUUUAACAAACACUUACUUGAUCUAUGUUAUGAAAUAAGUAGCAAAUUGCCAGCAAAAUGUCUUGUACCUUUUCUAAAGUGUAUUUUCUGAUGUGAACUUCCUUCCCCUUACUUGCUAGGUUUCAUAAUUUAAAGACUGGUAUUUAAAAGAGUCAAACACUAUAAAAUGAGUAAGUUGAGGAUGUUUUAAGAUUGCACCUGGCAGUGUGCCUUUUUGCACAAAUAUUUACUUCUGCACUUGGAGCUGCUCUUAAUUUUAGCAAAAUGUUUUAUGCAAGGCACAAUAGGAAGUCAGUUCUCCUGCACUUCCUCCUCAUGUAGUCUGGAGUACUUUCUAACGGGUUUAGUUGGAUUUAAAAAAAAAAAGUUUGUCUGCUUUUCAAAGAAGUAACCAUUUGCCAGGGGAAAACAUUCUGCUUUUAGGUAGUUUCAAAAUUCAGGGGAGGGAGCCUGAAAUUUUUGCCAUGAUUGGUUUGUUAGAGCAGGCAUCAAACUACUUCUGAUAAAAUUGUUUGGAAGAUCACGACCUCGCAAAAACUUUUCAAGAGCAACAAGGAAGAAUUCUGCUGUGAAGAACACAGUGUACGGAUCCUCCACAGAUUAUUUCAACAGAGGACAGUAGCUCAGGAGGCAGCGUCAGACAGUGACCUGUGGCCUGGGCCAUCUCUUGGUCAUGUGUUUCACUUUUCCUUGUUGCCCUGUGAACUGGCUUCCAUGGUUCUGUAGGGUAGGGAGUCGGGGUUGUGGCUGCAGCAGAGCAGGAGAUGCUCGUCCGAGUGGGAGUGACCCGCCCCCGUGUCCCUGCUGCCUCACUCCUGGCUUCUAGUGCAGCUCUUUGUAGACUCACCUCGCAAGAAGGAAGAUCUGCCUGGAGACCUGAUCCCAGUCCAGCUUUUUGGUCAUAGGUCAUCUUUGUCCCGUUGCUCUUUUGCAUCAUGUCAUAAAAUUUGAGGAUAUCAGCUGAUUAUUUUUUCUUUCAAGAAUGAAAAUCAAGCAGAAUUGAUUCCUACAAGGAAAAAAAAGCACACGAAUGCCAAACCUUUCCUUUGGUGGACUGGACACUAACCAGAUGAGAGUAAAUUUCUUAUCCGUGGAUGUAUGUAAGCUACUGCUGCUGUGUGCUCUCCACAGCCAUAUUUAUUGUAUUAAACAGUCAGCACUAAACCUUCAACAAUUGCCCAGUGCUCCUAGUUAAAUGUUCAGAGGGGAGAAAUAGAUAUAUUUUAAAUAAUGUUUUGCUAAUGAAAAUAGUAAAUAUUUUUGUUUAAAUCAGCAAAAA